CCGGAGGGGCGGGGGGAGGAGGACCGGGAGCCGGUGCCUGGCGAGGCGGCCGCUCGCGCGCCUGCGCACCCAGCUCCAGCGGCCCCAGGUUUUCUAUGGGAUUCCCAAUCCGCAGCAGCGAUUCACCCGAGCGUGCAGCUGCGGCCGGCGGGCUCGGAAGGCGCGAUUCCAGAGGGAUUUAAGCAGCCUAGAGCUCCGGAGGGGGGGACCAGAGCGCGGCUUCCCCACGGAGACGCCUUCACCCUUUUGCUGGAAUUCAAUAGAAAUAGAGAAAGAGCUGCCGAGUUUGGCCGUUUUCGUUAAGUCGCCGUGCGCAGCGCUGUAACUGCAAAAUGGGGAAGCAGAAUAGCAAACUGGCUCCCGAGGUGAUGGAGGACCUGGUGAAGAGCACAGAGUUUAACGAGCAUGAGCUCAAGCAGUGGUACAAAGGGUUCCUCAAGGACUGUCCAAGCGGGAGGCUGAACCUCGAGGAAUUCCAGCAGCUCUAUGUGAAGUUCUUCCCGUACGGGGACGCCUCCAAGUUCGCCCAGCACGCCUUCCGCACCUUCGACAAGAACGGGGACGGCACCAUCGACUUCCGAGAGUUCAUCUGCGCCCUGUCCAUCACGUCCAGGGGCAGCUUCGAGCAGAAGCUGAACUGGGCCUUCAACAUGUACGACCUGGACGGCGACGGCAAGAUCACGCGCGUGGAGAUGCUGGAGAUCAUCGAGGCUAUCUACAAAAUGGUGGGCACUGUGAUCAUGAUGAAGAUGAAUGAGGACGGCCUUACUCCUGAGCAGCGGGUAGACAAGAUUUUCAGCAAGAUGGAUAAGAACAAAGACGACCAGAUUACACUGGAUGAAUUCAAAGAAGCGGCCAAGAGCGACCCUUCCAUUGUACUACUUCUGCAGUGUGACAUUCAGAAAUGAGCUGAGGUCAACGCUAUGGACUGCAUAAGUUUCAAUGUUCCAUUCAAUCUGCAGCUAUCUCUCUCUCUCUCUCUCACUCUCACUCACACACACA